UAACUCAUUAUAAGAAAAUUUAAAAUAGACAAAUAAUCAAGUUUGUUUUCACAUGUAUGCAAAUCCAAAAUUAACAUUCAAAUCUAAAUGCAAAUUUGACUUUCAGGAGGAACAAACAGAAUUAGUAGCAUUUAGUACAAAUUAUCCGUAAUGACCAAACAUGCGUCAUAACUGACCCAUCAUUUUUGUAUAAAAUCUACAGAAAUUAGUACUUGACUUCAGUUUGGAAUCCAUUCUUACAACAUAAAAAUGCGUUUCCUAGUAAUUCUUGUGACUGUUUGUGUGGCUGUUACUUUGAGUUCGCCAAUAGAACUUGAGGAGAAACUACGCACACUUUUUGCUGGUGAAAAAGAACUAAGUUUGAAAGGCUUGGGAGUAGAUACAAGAGGAACAGGAAGUUCAUUGUCUACCUCAGAUAGAGACUCAAUUCUCCAGCUUCACAACGAUGCUCGUAACAGUGUUCAACCAUCGGCUUCUAACAUGCAGCAAAUGACCUGGAGCAAUGAAUUAGCUUCUGUAGCUCAGACUUACGCUAAUAAAUGCGUCUGGAGUCACAACAGUGCAAGGUCAUCACAGGCAAGCAGUUUCUACUACGUCGGUGAAAAUAUUUACGUUACAACAAGUUCUUAUGGAUAUUUGGACAGCGGUGUUGCAUCAUGGGUCAAUGAAAAGAAAGACUACGAUUAUGCGUCUAAUUCAUGCAGUGGAGUGUGUGGACACUAUACACAGGUUGUCUGGGCUGACAGUACCAAGCUUGGAUGUGCCGUAGGAAGUUGUGCUACUAUGACUAAUUUACCAUCUUACUUUAAGAAUGUCAAAUUCUUAGUAUGCAACUAUGGACCAGGUGGUAAUUACAAUGGUGUGAAACCUUAUGAACAAGGCACAGCAAGCAAUGACAAUGGAUCAGCAGGAACAUCCGGCGGCUGCAAGUAGAUAGAAUGAGCAAGCAGCGUACAAAAUGGUUUGUUGAAACCCGACGACUAGACAAAAAAUUGUAACUUUCUUUUAUAUUUGUCCACAACCUUAUAAUUAAAAUGUUUCACGCAUGG